AUGGACAACCCCAGAUUGGCUAAAGUCAAGGUGAAGAAACCGGCGCGCAAGAUCACCAAACAAAAGGCUAAAGACAACCUGACUGCGGAGGAACGCGGCUUAGAUAGCUCCUCCGACGACAAAGCGCGCGGUACUCACUCCACUGUAGCCAAGAAGUUUAAGCAGAGUGUACGUAAGGAUUGUUUGGAUGGAAACGCAGAAUCAGGUGCAACACAGAAGAUGCGUAAGGCUGAUAAGUCUGAUGGAAAGGAUGAAAACGUAGACGAAGAACACACAGGGACUGUAAACACUGUCAAGCAGGUUACGGGGAAGAAGCGUAAAGCUGAUGAGGCUGCUGGCACCCACCCAAGUGGCAACUCUGGCACCGAUACUGGUGUGCAUUUGUAG